AUGGCUCAAGAUAGCCCUCCGAACAAGUCUACACCAACAAAUCACAGACGCAGCCGCACCAAAUUCACACAAGAUCAACUGAAAGUCCUCAUCAAAGCAUUUGACAAAAAUCCUUACCCAGGUUAUGCCACCAAAGAAAAACUUGCUUUAGAAGUCAACACUGAAGAAUCUAGAAUCCAGAUUUGGUUUCAGAAUCGAAGAGCUAGGCACCAGAAAAAAUCAGAAUCCGACGAGAACUUAGAAUCAAGCCAAGACCAUGAUCACCUUGAAGAGGAGAUUCAAAGCAGAGAAGACAGACACAGACGGUGUCGCACCAACUACACGCCCUCACAGUUACACACCCUCGUCGAGGCAUUUUCGAACAACGCUUAUCCUGGCUUUGAUUCCAGAGAACAGCUUGCUAAAGAAAUUGGCAUUCCAGAGCCAAGAAUCCAAGUUUGGUUUCAAAAUCGGAGAUCCAGAUUUCAUGUCCAAAGAAAAAGAGAACCGGAUAAAAAUUUAGAACAGAGACAAGACCAGGAACAGGAUCUCUGA